UCCCCCAAUGUUUAGGCGUCGGAAAACUGAGAGAGCAAAGAAUCUCGAUCAUAGAGCAGAGAGAGCACAGAGAAAGGAGAGAAGCUUUUUGCUCGAAGUCGAGAGAAGAAGAAACGUUUGAGUUCCGAUGAGUUCCGGAGGAGGAAUCGUCGCUGCACCAACAGCAGCAGCUCCUUCAAGCGGCGGUGGAAACGUGGAGUGGCACGUCCGACCACAGAACCCUAAAAACCCUGUCGUUUUCUUCGACGUCUCUAUUGGUGGCAUCCCCGCCGGUCGUAUUAAGAUGGAGCUCUUCGCCGACAUUGCCCCCAAAACCGCUGAAAACUUCAGGCAGUUUUGUACUGGUGAACACAGAAAGGCUGGAAAGCCUCUUGGCUACAAAGAAUGUCAGUUUCACAGGGUCAUCAAGGAUUUUAUGAUUCAGAGUGGUGAUUUUCUAAAGAAUGAUGGUAGUGGAUGCAUGUCAAUUUAUGGCCACAAGUUCGACGAUGAAAAUUUUACUGCCAAACAUACUGGGCCAGGACUGCUCUCGAUGGCAAAUAGUGGGCCAAACACGAAUGGAUGCCAGUUCUUCAUCAGUUGUGCAAAAUGCGACUGGCUUGACAACAAGCAUGUUGUCUUUGGGAAAGUGCUUGGUGAGGGUUUAUUGGUGAUGCGGAAGAUUGAGAACGUGGCUGUUGGACCCAACAACCGGCCUAAGCUUGCCGUUGUAAUUACAGAGUGUGGGGAGAUGUGAAAUGUUUAACCAUAUACUUUCUCACCCAAAACACUCCUUAAAGAACUUUUCUGCUGAAGGAGGAAUGUAGUGAGAGCCCAAAGCUUAUUAGUUGUAAACCUUUUACGCAUUGUGACAAAGCUAAAUCCCAAUAUGGGUUUUAAAACUAUUUUUAUCACCUUU